AUGGCCGAAAAGAGUUCGGAAACUGGGCAGGUUGAACGACCAAACCAAACACCUCUACCUCUGCAUGAUUCGCGUGCCGAAAAGGCACAAUUUGUCAACGUCCAUGGAGAAAAUGAGGACAUAGAAAUUGCAAGCUCUACGAACAAUGACAAAGUUAGGCGGACACUUCAGCAAAGACACGGAAGGGCACUUGCUAAUGCUGGACCUCUAGGAUGCCUUUUGGCAUUUGUUCUCAUGGGCACUGUAACCGCAUCUAUAGCUUACAUAUCCGCAGAAAUGUCUGCGUUCAAACCUGUAGAAGCUGGCUUCGUGAGGCACGCGACCAUGUGGUUGGGUAGGAGUACUGGGAUUGCGACCGGCUGGAACUUCUGGUAUUCCAUGGCAAUCACAAUGCCAGCUGAAAUCAGUGCCGCUACAGCUUUGGUCGGAUUCUGGAAUCCAACAUUGAAUCAAGCUAUUCCGAUAAGUAUUCUUUGGCUAGCUAUUGCAGUCAUAAAUUUCUCCGCCGUUCGACUGUAUGGAGAAUUUGAAUUCUACUUUGCAAUCCUGAAGAUCUCCCUUAUCAUUUUAUUUUUAAUUGCAGGCAUCGUCUUAGAUCUUGGUGGAUUUCCUCAACAAAAUUUUAUCGGCUCUCGAUAUUGGAAGAGCCCGUACCCCUUGUUUCGUGAAUAUACAACCUCUGGAGCAGAAGGUCGUUUUCUUGGCUUUUGGUCUGCCAUGAUAUCAGCUGCGUUUGCCUAUGGUAAUGUGCAAGUCGUGGCAAUAGCUGGCGCAGAAACUAGGAACCCUCGAAAGGCCAUCCCCACUGCACUUAAGCGGACAUUUACUCGCGUGAUAGUGUUUUACGUCGCCUCUAUCUUUGUGAUAUCUUUAAUUGUGCCCGCGAAUGACACUCGACUCUCUCUGCCCACAGGAGAUGUUACACAUAGCCCCUUUGUCAUUGCGUUCAGCAGUGCGGGGAUAAAGGGUAUACCAUCGGUAAUGAAUGCUAUUAUCUUGACAUCUGCAUUCAGCUCGGGGAAUGCGUGUACUUUCUUAGCUUCACGCACUAUUCACGGUCUUGCUCUGGACGGUCACGCGCCGUCUUUCUUAUUAUCUUUAAAUCGGUUUGGCGCUCCGUACUGGGCUGUCGCUGUCUCAGUCAUUUGGGGUGCAAUUGCAUAUACUGGUUUGAACAAUGGCGCUUCUCAGGUAGGUGCUAAUGGCUUUGCCAAUGACUGA